AGUAGACUUCACCUGGUCUAAAACACAAAAAAGCCAGGCCCAACUGGAAUUAUUUUCACCUACCAGAAGAUAAUUAAAAGCAUGUGAGCCCUGGCUGUGAAAGCAGUACACACUUUGUAUUCCCCCCACCAGCACCACCAAGACCUGUGGGAUCAGUUAUGCGCAAACUUUGUCUUCUGUUAGACGUGUUUGGUCUGUAGAUUCUCCAGCACAGCCAGGACCAUUUACUGCUAUUAACAGGGCCUCAAUCACAUAUUCUGAGUUUACACCAGCAGAAUCUUCACCAGCUGCUACUGACAGUAGGUUGCCCAGUCCAUUAUGUUCUCCGGUGAUGAGUUUUUCACUGUCGUCCACGUCUGUGGUAUGUGAGUGAAUUCUUGUCACGCUGCCCAUUGCACGUGGUGGUGGGAUGCCGGCCCUGUUGUCUGUUGACACCUUGCUCGCUGCCUGACCUCACAGACCUGUUGACACGUGAGCUUCAUGCAUUGGAGCCUCCUGUACUUCAUGUAUGUGUGGUGGGAGGGGCUUGCACUCUCAUGUUGCGAGCAUCGCUGCUGUCGUUCCUGUACUUCAUGUAUGUGUGAUGCUGAUGUGAGCAUCGCUGCUGUCGCUGGUUCUUCACUCUCUCCUGGUAUAUAUCUCCCUCUCGACACGUGCAGACUACCAGCAGUCGUCAACCUCUCCUCGUCUCAGACGCUGCUUUCCUCGGGACAUCCUGCCACUAACAGCAUUCUUGCAAAGACCAUCUCCGGGUGGAUACAAAUGCUGCGCUUCUUGUUAUUUCUUCUGUGCGUGUCUCGUGUCCUGGCGAAGGAUACAGGAAGAUGCCAAGGGAAAGACUGCGAGAUAAAGACAUGGCACAAUACAAACUGCAGGACAGACGACGAUUGCAAUCAGCCACUUGCCGUAUGCUAUGAACACCUGUGUCGGUGUGACCCCGGGUACUACUACACCACAAACGAUACGUGCACUAGCACAUGCAGCAGAGGCGAGUUGCAGAACACCUUUACAGAGUAUCCAGACAGCGCUAUACGUGGAAACCACCUUGAUCGCAUGAAUGGAAUGAGACUGGAAUACUGCAAGGGCAGGUGCCAGAAAGACAUGCUUUGCCUCACCUUUGAUUUCAAAGCCACUGGAGGUCAAUGUCGGUUUCAUAAUGUCACCGCUCGUGACGCUCCCUCAGACUGGUCUCCUAAGACGAGUAAAGGCUGGACACACUACCAGAGAUCCUGCAAGUCCACUUUUGCCUCAGACGAUAACUGGUACAACUUACUGUGUAAUGGCAGGAUCAACUGUCCAGACCCGAACAGCGAUUGCUUGUCAGGCAGAUGCUUCUGUCAAUUAGGCUUCAACUAUAAUGAAGCCAUGAAGAAGUGUGUUACAAGCGAGCUAAGCAAGUGGCACAAUAAAAGCUGCGAGACAGACGACGACUGCGAUGCGCUCCACGCCGUGUGCUACAAACACCAGUGUCGGUGUGACCCCGGGUACUACUACACCACAAACGAUACGUGUACUAGCACAUGCAGCACAAGCAAGUUGCAGAGCAACUUUACAGAGUAUCCAGACAGCGCUAUACGUGGAAACCACCUUGACCGCAUUAAUGGAAUCAGUCUGGAAUACUGCAAGUGCAGGUGCCAGACCCUUAGUCGUUGUCUCACCUUUGAUUUCAAAGCCACUGGAGGUCAAUGUCGGUUUCAUAAUGUCACCGCUCGUGACGCUCCCUCAGACUGGUCUCCUAAGACGAGUACAGGCUGGACACACUACCAGAGAUCCUGCAACUCUACUUUUGCCUCAGCCGAUAACUGGUACAACUUACUGUGUAAUAGCAGGAUCAACUGUCCAGACCCGAACAGCGAUUGCUUGUCAGGCAGAUGCUUCUGUCAAUUAGGCUUCAACUAUAAUGAAGCCAUGAAGAAAUGUGUUGUUACAAGCAUGAUAAAGACCUGGCACAAUACAAGCUGCGGGACAGACGACGACUGCGAUGCGCCCCACGUCGUGUGCUACAAACACCAGUGUCGGUGUGACCCCGGGUACUACUACACCACAAACGAUACGUGUACUAGCACAUGCAGCAGAGGCGAGUUGCAGGACAGUUUUACAGAGUAUCCAGACAGCGCUAUACGUGGAAACCACCUUGCUAGCUCGGAUGGAGUCAGUGUGGAAGACUGCAAGGGCAGGUGCCAGGCUGACAAUCGUUGCCUCACCUUUGAUUUCAAAGCCCAUGGAGGUCUCUGUCGGCUUCAUAAUGUGACAGCUCAUGAGUCUCUUUCACACUGGUAUCCUAACACGAGUAAAAGCUGGACCCACUACCAGAGAUCAUGCAAGUCUACUUUUGCCUCAAACCGUACAUGGUACAACUUACUGUGUAACAGUGGGAUCGAUUGUCCAGACCCGAACAGCGACUGCUUGUCAGGGAGAUGCUUCUGUCAUUCAGGCUUUAAGUUCAAUGAUGCCAUGAAGAAAUGUGUUGUUACAAGCGUGCUAAAGACCUGGCACAAUACAAGGUGCGGGACAGACAAGGACUGCGAUGCGCCCCACGUCGUGUGCUACAAACACCAGUGUCGGUGUGACCCCGGGUACUACUACACCACAAACGAUACGUGUACUAGCACAUGCAGCACAAGCGAGUUGCAGAGCAACUUUACUGAGUAUCCAGACAGCGCUCUACGUGGAAACCACCUUGCUAGCUCGGAUGGAGUCAGUGUGGAUGUCUGCAAGGGCAGGUGCCUGGCUGACAAUCGUUGCCUCACCUUUGAUUUCAAAGCCCAUGGAGGUCUCUGUCGGCUUCAUAAUGUGACAGCUCGUGAGUCUCCCUCACACUGGUAUCCUAAGACGAGUAAAGGCUGGAAACACUACCAGAGAUCCUGCAAGUCCACAUUCGCCUCACACCGUACCUGGUACAACUUACUGUGUAACAGUGGGAUCGAUUGUCCAGACCCAAACAGCGACUGUUUCUCAGGGAGAUGCAAGUGUCAUUCAGGCUUAAAGUUCAAUGAAGCCAUGAACAAAUGUGAUAUGACAUGGAAAUGUGAAGACUGGCAGGACAAAAAUGCCAAGAGUGGUGUCUACACCAUUUAUCUAUUCAGUAAUGAACGUAUAAAAGUGUGGUGCGAUAUGGAGUCUGGCGGCGGCGGCUGGCUGGUGUUCCAGAGACGUCACGACUACUCAGUUGAGUUCAACCGGAACUGGACGGCAUAUGAAUCCGGUUUUGGUGACCUCUCUGGAGAUUUUUGGCUGGGCCUGUCCACGAUUUCCGGACUGACGGGUGAAGGGGGGCGCUUGAGAGUGGACCUCAAGGAUACGUAUGGAAAACGUUACUGGGCGGAGUACGCUGCAUUCGUUGUGGGCCGUCCUGAGAGGUACAAACUCAACCUGUUGAACAGCGAAUACUUGGGUAACGCAGGAGAUUGCUUGAGAUCUAGUGACGGUUACAUCUUUUCAACCUAUGACCGAGACGAGUACGGGUGUGGCUCUGGUACUGCAGGCGGUUGGUGGUACCCGCAUGACUGUGGCACCAGUUACCUCAACAGUGCGAACAUGGCUUGGGGUAACAUCAGCCACGUGGCGUUCUCGGAGAUGAUGAUGAAGCCACGGUAACACCACCUUGUCUCCUGUACCCACUGCUUACACCGCCAGUCUACUGUUCACUACAGGUUCCACUGUUGAUGUGAGCUCGGUGUUCAUUAAUCUUUCGCAAUAGUCUAGCAUCUCAACCUAGUGCAGACUACUUACUGUACUUGAAUUGUUUACUUUGAGUAUAUUGCCUAGUGAUUCUUUUAUACACGUGUUGUAUUAUUUCUUUUAGAUUUGGAUUUACUUGGAUAAACUAACAUGUUUACAAACGUGAAAUCUAAGUUUAAUUAAUUAAUUCAGCAUUUAAUUGUGCCUCGGUUGUAGUAAACGUGUAAUGAACAGUCGCUAUACACCAAAUAGUUUAUGCAAUGUUGGCAGUUUCAGUUUCAAAAUUAUGCAAAAACACGGAUACUGAUUGUAUCAAACACUGCUGCUCAUUAUUUCCUUACUGACGAUGACUGAACAUGACUCAGAUUGCUACAUUCUUUAAUUGUUUGGUAUUUAAAAGGGUUUAAGUUUAUUUUGUAUUAUGUUGUGAAACUUUACCCUAUCCUCGAGUUGCUUAUAUUUAAGCGAAUAUUAACAUUUUCCCAAACUUAUGAGCGAAGCAUACUUUUCGUAAAAACAAACAGAACUAUUGCGAAGAAUGAACAGAUAUUUUUAUAAAAACAAUUAAAAUUAUAAGUAGUAUUGUUGGUAUUUGCCGCUUUGACUAAAUGUGAUAACAUCACUAUGUACUCAAUAUUACUUCCCCUUUAAACUAAUGAUAACGGUAGUUAAUACAUCACUUCUAUUACUUAAUUGUAC